CACUUGACCUCAGCCCCAGCUAUAUACACAGCAACGAUCCCUCAGCGAGGCUCAGAUCACAGGAGGAGAGGGAAGCAGAAGGACGUGUAUGGGAGACAACCGCUACAAGAUGUUACCUCUGAUUCUCCUCAGCCAAAUGGCACUGUCCAUCGCCGCCCCCACCAAUCAGUGUGAUCUUAGUAAAAUAGCCAUUGCUGGGGGUGAAUAUAAUCUGACCGAUGGUGCUAAUGUUGGCAGUAAGGUGGUGUACACCUGCCCUGAAGGACAGUACCCGCACCCGUUUCCCUCACGAGAGUGUCUCUUCAACGGUCAAUGGUCGAAUACGGAGUCCCAGUGUAGACAGUGGCCUCAACAUCCAAUGAGAGGGAGGACGGGAGGAUUCAUUAACAUCUUCAUUGUUCUCGAUACCUCUGGAAGUUUAGGAGAAGACAACUUUAAUAUCGCUAAAGAAGCAAGUGAAGUGUUCAUAGAGAAGAUGAGCAGCUUUGAUUUUUCCCCUCGCUAUUCUAUCAUCUCGUACGCCACAGAGGCAAAACCCAUCGUUGAGCUCUCUGACGAUGACAGUAUAGAGGCUUACAAGGUCAUCGACAGGUUGAAAGAAUUUGAGUAUUCAGCACAUGGAGCUAGAACGGGAACUAAUACUCGACGGGCUAUUGCUAAAGUUUACGCAAUGCUGUCUCUGCAAAAUGUGAGAGAUCCAGAAAAUUUCCUGAAAACUAAAAAUGUUAUCCUUCUGAUCACAGAUGGAAAACAUAAUAUAGGUGGAGACCCUACAGUGGAGGUGAAGAAGAUCAGAGAAAUUCUGGACAUCAAGGAGGACAGUGAACGAGAAGAUUAUCUGGAUAUCUAUGUCUUUGGUCUGGGUGAGGAGAUAAGCUAUGAUGAAAUCAAUGAUAUUGCAUCCAAGAAAAGUAGUCAGAAGCAUGUCUUCAGAUUAGAAACAGUAGACGAUAUGAAGACAGCCUUUGAUGAAAUGAUAGACAGUGCAGGAACUCUUCAUAUGUGUGGACUUGCCAAAGAACCAUCUGACUAUGAAAAUGUGAACGUGAAGUAUCCCUGGAUUGCUAAAAUUACCAUCACUCGUGCUGGUUCUCAAGAAACAUGUAAAGGCUCUAUCAUAAGCAGAGAUUUUAUCUUAACUGCUGCUCACUGCUUUAAUCUAGAUGAAGAACUCCAUGCUAUUAGUGUAGAAGUCGGAGGUAGGGAAUACAAAGUGAAGAACCUCCACCGUCAUAAUAAGUACAACCCAGCUGGCAAACAGGACAAGAAAGUGGAGAAAUCCUUUGAUUAUGAUUUGGCUCUCGUUGAACUAAAAACGAAGAUUACAUUUUCCUCAAAUAGCAGACCCAUUUGCCUUCCAUGCACAUCGGGGACAUCCUGGGCUUUGAGGAAACUAGGGAAAUCUGUAACAUGCAGUGAUCACGAAAAGGAAAUCCUCUCGUCUGAAGCGGUGAAGGCCAUGUUUGUUGCAGAGGAAAGAAAGAAUCAAUUGGAAAGGAAGGAUGUGUUGAUAAAGCGAGGGAGUAAGAGACAAGCCUGUCUAGAUGAUACCAAAAAAAUUGAUAAAUUCAAGGAUAUUCCAGACAUUAGAGACGCUGUGACUGACAAUUUCUUAUGUACGGGGGGAAUAGAACCUCAGGUGGAUCCACAAACCUGCAAAGGUGACUCUGGAGGUCCUGUUAUUGUGCAAUACAAGCAACGCUACAUUCAGGUGGGUGUUAUUAGCUGGAGGACGAUCAACAGCUGUACGGGACCCAGAAGAAAUAAAGGUCCGGUGCCGGCGCUGUCUCGGGACUUCCAUACUGACCUGUUCCACAUGUUGGAUUGGCUAAAGGAAAAGGCGUAUGAGUUGGACUUCUUGGAAUAAAGCUUCCAGGCGAUGGCGCCGUGCUUCAGAGAGCUUUUGGAAAUGUUACGAACAAUCAUCUGCACAAAUACAAUAAAUGUACUACUGAAAUUAUAUGAAAUUA